CCGGGAAAUGUGGCAAGUCGUACCCGACCGCACCGCCUCCCGCACCGCCUCCGCCCCCUUCCGCCCCCCUCCGCCGGAUCUCGCCGGAUCUCGCCGGAGUUAACCAAGACACUGACGUACUUGCGGUACCCAUUGUAUUCUCCUUCCCCUCCGAUUCGUACAUCAAACUUUACCUAGGUAGGUACAUAACCAUUGCGAUGGAAACCAAUCUUGCCUCUCAGCCUGAGAAUCCCAGUUUAAUUAAAUAUGGAAAUGGCAAUGAAAACGGCAACGGAGUUGAUGUUAGCGUCGGCGUUAACGCCACAUCCAAGGCCAAAGACCUAAUCGACCUCCCCCUCGACAUCUUCGUCAUCAUAGCCCAGUUCCUCGCCCCGCAAGACAUCAUCCUCAGCCGCCGCGUCAGCCGCGCCUGGCAUGUCGCCUUCACGGACGCCAUCGCGUGCCACCGCUUCAUGACGUGCCACUUUCCGCGCUCGCGCGAGAUGCGCAGCGCCGGGGACGGGGGCCGGAAAAUAGACUGGGCGCGCGCGUUUGCCACGGUGGCGCGGCGGUAUUUCCACCUGCGCGCCGCGAGGCCGCGGCUCGUCGAGAAAAUCGACGUCGUGAGGGAGGGCUCGGCCGGGUUCCGCGGCGUCCCGUCUUGGGACCGGUGGUUGAGGUGGGAUGACCAUACCGCGCCGUUCCAGUACCCGGACACCACCUGGUCGGCCGAUGGCGGGUUGCUGGUGUACCAGGAGGGGGCGUCGCGGCGCUGGGUGGCGUAUGAUCUCGAGACGAGGCGGCUGUUCGACGUCCCGUUCGAUGCGAAGGGGAGGAUUGUCCGCAGGCAGAGGCUUGGCGACGGGGUGCUGGUGUUUGAGUGGUGUCAGAGGUUUGCGGUGUACUCGCUGGAUACGAUGGAGAUGGCGUAUCGGCAUUUUGCGACGGCGUUUGACGUCCGGCGACGGCGCGGGGGGGAGGAUUCGGAGGAGAGCCGCGUGGGUGAAUGGGAUAUCACGUUCCGCUGCGAGUGGAAGAUUAUUGCCCAAGACUUACCGCUGGACGACAACGACCGGUUCUUCUCGUCACAUACGGCGACGCAUUACGCGCUGUACCUGUGGCAACCAGACCGAUCGUCGUGGCUCAUCGACCCGCUCGAAGAGCUUGCGGUGUGGGAUAUUUCGCAGCCGUCGACGUACCGGCCAUCGCUGGACAUGGCCGAGGCCACCAAGCAUAUUCCCGACGGGCCCAGCCUCGUCAAGAAGUUCUCGCGGCGGGAUCUCGAGUUCCUGGGCCUGCGCCAGCGAUACACGCCGUCGAUAAGGGAAGUGCGCCUCGACGAGGCGAACGUGUACGUGCACUCGGAGGAGCACCGGUGGCUGGCGGGCCAGCACGCCAGCCUGUCGCCGCCGCGGCACCACCAGGUGCGGUGCACGGGGAUCCCGUUCUCGGGCGCCGCGGGGCCGCGGUGGUUCGACGAGUGCUGCGCCGACGGCGACGUGCACAUGAGCUUCUGCCCGCGGGCGGGCUCGCUGGCGCGGAUCCUGGGGCGCGCGCGCCUGUCGGGCGGCGAGGACGGGCAGCUGUGGCCCGGGUGGGCGCCGUGCUGGCGGCACGAGGAGUUUCCGUAUCUGACGGUGAGCGACGCGGUGGACGCGGGCGCGGGGGUGAGGGUUGUGGCGCGGCAGUGCUUUAUCAUGGAGGCGCUGUCGAGUUUUGUCCUGCCCAAGAUUAGCGUGCUGGAGGAGCUGGAGCAGGAUGUACUGGCGGGGGUGGGGGAGGGAGAAGAAGCGGGAGGAGAAGGGGAAGGGGAUGGGGAUUUGGUGGCGGAGGUUAGGUUUCCGGAUGAGAUGUGGUGGGAGCUGAUGGGAAAGGGGAAGAUAGUGGGGGAUGAGAGGUGGGUUGUUGGUGAGGAUGGCGAUGGGAGGGUUACCGUUGUGAGGUUCUGAGGCUUUGAGGAUAGGGGUAAUAAAGUAAUAAGUUGUUGGCUGUUUGUUAUCUUACGGUAGGUCAGAGUGUUUGUAAAUUGCGUAAGGAAUCUAAUAUAUGUGCACAGCUGCGUAGGUGUUAUUAGAUUAAUGGCAUUGCUCGGUUUACCUAUUUGGACUGAAUAUUAUUCUUGGUAUAGGGGGUAUCUGUUAAAUCAGGAGUAGAAGCCCCCUUUUAUACCAUUAACUAUUAGUUAUACCUUGGAACUUUCGAGCUGAUACGCCUAUAAUGUAAAAGUGGUGAGACUGUACUGUAUUUAACCGUUAAAACUUAUGAAAUAUAUGAGCAGUCAUCAACGUGGAUGUGAUUUAAUAAAGCUACCAUAGUCACGAAGGCCAAUGGCAAGUAUUAAGGAC